GCCCCGACAACCACAAUAACAACACCAACAAGACAAAGAGUACUUUUGCCCUCGAUACAAAUAGUAUCCAUGUAACUCUGGACCCUUUCCACCGGCGAAAUGCCUACACAACUGGCGCACCCAUCUCCCAAGCGCAAACGCGACCAGCCCGCGCCCAUCCCUUUACUCAACACGGCCUUGGCUCUGCGUCCAGCACUGGAAUCACGCCCACGAGACAGUUCGGCCCCGUCGUCUGGCGGUGAUAGCCCACGAAAUGCUGUCGCCGACCAGCUGCGAGACAUGACCCUGACAGCACUUGCGGCGAUACCACUAUCCCCGCUUACCCCCACCGACGAUGUCCUACGCAAGAGGCCGAAGCUCGAUACUACCAGAGUCGACAGUAUUGUCGGACCGAGCACUGAGUCUGUGCAGGAAACUCCCACAAAAUACAGCAAGAACAAUAGAGAUGCUUUUGAUAUUGGUACUGGUACGCCCGUGGCCGAGUCCUCUAGGGUAAUACCAGAGACCCCUCAGUCAUCACAGCCCCGCUUGUUGCCAGAUAUCGCCUCCUUUGCGCAACCCACCAUUUUCGCCUCAUCACCUGCAAGCAAACCCGCGCAACCACAUGCAUCUGCAGACCAUGAGAUUCACGCGCACCACGACUCUCCUUCACGUUCUCAUCCACGAAAAAGGUCGCCGACGCCCCCACCGUCGACGUUGACGUGGCAGGACAGCGAGAUCACGGGGCACCUUGUUGACCCGUCAACUGACCCCGAUGAUGACGGUACCGGCAUCAACGGUAUUGGAUUCAAGCCUACACCCGCUCUAGCCUAUGCGAGGUCGCAAAAGCGACGACAACAACUGAACGAGUGGAAAUUAAGAGAGACUAGAGAAGCAAGAGCCAGGCGUAGCGAAAGACGCCUUAGAGGCGUCAGGGCUACGCCAUCGAGAGAAGGUACAGUCGAGCGCGAAGUAAUGUCCAUGAAGAAAGUAGAGACGAGGCGGACAGUCAAGUUUGCCAUAUGAUGAUGGGAUGAGGAAGUAAUGUAAUGUCCGGUAAAUGUGUAAGGCUCGAGGCAGACUGCUGCCUGGGUGAUGGCCAUCUCACGAUAUUUAUGAUGAGCGAUGCACAAGUACAGGUUGGAUUAACGGCGCCAGGGGUUUGAACGGUUAUUAUUCUUUCGGCAUAUUUCAUACGAGACUUUGUUUCUGAGUUUAUUUCAUUGUUAGAUUCCUCUCAAAUCAACUCUCCAAUAUUC